AAUCAGAAUCAGACACAGUCUUUCGUCUUUAAAGUAGACAAAGACUCAAGCUUUUUGUCAUUCUGCGCCAGAAUCCAAACAUGGUAACACCUGCUCGAGUUGUCUUCCUCCUGACAUGUUUGCUUUCAGGGAGAACUGCAAUGAGCCCUCCUCUGGAAUCCUCUUCAUCUGAUCAUCGAGAAAGUGUUUUUAUCUCAGCUCGCGUUGGAGGGAUUGUGACUUUACAGUGUUUCUAUGAUGGAGUUUUUGUACAAUAUGUUUUAUGGUACAAACAUAUUCUGGGACAAAAACCAAACCCUAUCUGUCUGUCCAGUAGAUACAAAACAGAAGUAUUUUUUUACAGUAAUUAUAAGAACAAUCCACGCUUUAUUUUGAAAUCAUCAUACCACAGUUAUAAUUUGACAAUUUCAAAUCUAAAACUAUCCGACUCAGCUACUUACUUCUGUAUUGCUGGUUAUCAAACAUACAUGAAUUUCUCGGCAGUUCUUACAGUUGAUGUCAAAGAUUCAGGUUUAACCAUCCAGACUUCAGUGGAUCAGUCGUCCUCUGAGAACAUCCAUGCAGGAGACUCUGUGACUCUGAACUGUACAGUACACACUGGGAGCUGUGAUGGAGAACACAGAGUUUACUGGUUCAAAGACUCUGAAGACUCUCAUCCAGGACUCAUUUACACUGAUGGAGGCAGGAAUGAUCACUGUGAGAGACAGAAGAACACACAAACAAACAGCUGUGUCUAUGAACUGCCCAUGAAGAACAUAACUGAGUCUCAUGCUGGGAUCUACUACUGUGCUGUUGUCUCAUGUGGACACAUACUGUUUGGAAACGGGACCAAACUGGACCUCAGAGGAAAAGAAGGGAUUUUUCCUCCAUUUGUGUAUUUCCUGAGUGGAGCUCUGACAGCUUCACUGAUCCAUCUGAUAUUUUACACAAUACACAAGACAAAGAGCUGCAAGGGUGAGUGA